CUCGAUCAGAUACGGUAUUGCGCCGACCGCGAGCAGGCCUCUUGCACAUUGCUUCUGCCACUUGCAUCGUCACGACGGCAAGAGGUCAUGGAAGAUGUAGACAGUAGCAGCUCUGCGUCCAACCGCUCGGGUCGAUCGGGCAGCUUGUCGCGAUUCAUGGACAAGAACGGUCGAAACAGACGCAACAGCACCACAAGCAGCCAUUCGGACUGCGAAGGCGAAGCGCCCAGCGAAUUUCAAAGCGAAGUGAUGACACUGAUUGCGAUGGAGGAUAAGCGCAAGGCUUUCCAACACCUCCUGAACCUCGAGGUUGAGAUUAUCUUUGACACGCUGGAAGAAACGGACAGCGGCCUGCGAACGUGGCUACUUCAGUACGACGUCGUGAAGGAAGUACUGCGAGUGUUCUCGACCCCUGUGCUCAUUCACACCCCCUCGAAUGGCGUGGUGCUUGCUCCGUCCAUCAUCGCUGAGCCCUCGAUCAAGGAACCCCUUGACGAACCUGCUGCUGCGGAGGAGCCUUACGAAACGAGUGCACAAACUUCGACCACCUCGCUCGACGACGGCUCUGGGGCAUCGUCCGACCCGCUUGCCGACGAGGACGAGGUCAGCCAAAGUCCUGCAGAUUCGAUACCUCCACCGCUGACACCCAAGGUGACUACUGUCUCACACGAAAAGGCUCCGCUCCAGGCAUUCGUGUCCGCGAAGGUGGACGAGGAGUAUGGGUACUACAAGCACGUGUUUGUGUGUUCUGAAAUCAUCAUGCGGGUGUACACGGGAGAGGACGACCUGUACGAGUCGUUUCGCAUGUCGUCGAGCUCGUCGGGGUCGGCCGCCGUCAACGAGGAGCUCACGUUUGGCUGCCAAACGCAAGAUGAGCUCGAGUUGUGGCGCCUCUUCUUCAUCUAUUUCACGGAAAACGACACAAUCGACGAAGUCCAAGCCGCGUUCUACUGCAAGGCGUUUAUUCGAUUGCAUGACGCAUACUGCCUCGAAGAUGGCUACGUCCAGGUCGUGCUUGAAGCUUACGUUCCCGCGCUUCUCAAGCACUUGUACAUGCCGACGAUCAAGCAUCUCUUGCUCAAGCUAUUGCAAUCGUACGAGAGCAUCCAUCCCCUCACUGGUGUGCACGAUGCCAUGGAAGCUGUCGCGCCGCUCUUGAUCCAAGCCGCAACCCUUCCCGUGGACUUAGCAUCCCCUGCCGUGGGCAACCUCCUUGCCGCUAGGGAAAAUGCGUGCCGUCUGCUGGUGGAAAUGCUGCAGGCAAACCAAGCCGACCGCCUCGGUUCGUUCCUACGUCGCGAGGACAACCAGUUUCUUGCAAAGUACUUUGUCCGCGAUCAAUUUGGCACAAUCCGAGGCAUCGAAGCAGUGACGGAAGGCUACCACAACUUUCUUCAGUUCAUGCUUCUCGAGGAAUUCGGGAAGGAACCGAAGCUGAUGGAUCAACUAUUUGCCGGUUCCAUUGAACAGCUUGCCCAAGUGCCAGUGUGGCCAUCGACCAUUGUCGCUCCGUGCAUGCUCAACAUCCACGUCGUGUCGGAACUGCUGCGGAUCUACUGUCGCUACAAGCGCGCGGCGGAACUGAAUCCGAAAAAAGCGCAGUCCGACGGCUCGGACGAUCUGGAAGAUGACGAAGACGGUGGUCACGUGGCCCCGCCGGCCAACGGCAACCCUGCUGUCAUGUACGAGCUCUCUGGGUUGAAGGAAGCCGAGACAAGUCUGUGGCCGAACAUGAAGAAGCUCGCGAGGGCCACCACGACGGCAUAUGUAAACCACUUCUUCACUCAAACGAAUGUCCCAACUUCCGUCGACAUCGCUAUCGCCAAGCACUUGUACCGGCUGGUGACUCUCCAAGACCCCGAAGUCGACUCGCUGUUGGUGCAAGCUGGCGUGUUACCCAAGUACUUGAAUCUCCUUCAAGCCAAGCCUGACGCAGACAUGCUCCUCAUCCACGUCGUGUCGGCGCUGCUGUUUGUCAUCACGGACAAGUCACAGACAAGGUCUGGAUCGUGUGUCCUCGUGCGAGGCAUUUUCGGCGAAUCCAUCGAUCUCCUCCAAACGAUUGUCGACGUCUAUAAGAAGCAGCACCGCAGCAAAGCGUACUUCAAAGUCCUCAACGACACGAUGCUGGUCAUGCUCGUGAGCGAAUGCCCUUCGCCCAGCCAAGCCGUCGUAGUUGAACGGGCCAUUGCGCACGCGGCGUGGCAUGCGCUCAACUGCGAAACCAAACGCAACCUCGGGUUAUCGGAUGCUGUUGACGCUGCGGCGUCGACCGCGCCAGUCCACGAAACGACCGAGCAAUCUUCUGCGGCAAGUUGCGAAGUCGGCGACCACCCGACUGAUCCACCGACGGAAGACCAGUCGAAGGAAUCGGGUACCCCCAAGCCUGCCCGUCGACUCUCGCUGCCCAAGUCGGCGUACCUCCGCAGCGUCCUCUCGUCCCCCGCCGCGUCGGUCAUGCGCAACGUCAACACGGUCAAGACAUCGUCGCGACGAUCUCUAAUCAACAUCAUGAACUUGACGACGACUGCCCCGCCUGAAACGACAGCUACACCAAACCCGUCGACCAAGCCCAAUAUCAACAACGGGUCAUCGUCCACGUUAUUUGGAUUUGGCAACAGCAUGCUGAGCAAACUCAAGCAACGCAUGACGCCCACGACGCCAAGCCAAUCGAUGCCGUCGUCCCCAAGCGAAUCGAGUGGUCCCAAGCGCCCGAGCAUGUUGCCGAAGAAAGGCUCUCCCGACAACCAGUCGCUGCUUGUGCUCGACACGUCACUCGGAGACGACGUGACCAAGUGUGCCGUGCAUGACGGCGGCGUCCACGUCACGACCAAAGACAAUGUUGUGACAACGAGUGGCUACAUGUUCAAGAGCGGGAUGCCUGGUGUGGGCAAGCGGCACGUGUGGGAGCGAUACUACUUUGUGCUGGAGCGCGGCCCGGACGUGUCGACGUUGAGUUAUUACAUUUCAGAGACGCAAGCCAAGCAUCGAACGCUUGUCAAGGGUGUUGUGGUGCCGACCAGUGUCUCUGAAGGGAUUCCGAUCCGCGUGACGGGCAAGCACGAAGUGCACGCGUUCCAUUUCAACACGCAAGGCCACGGCAUCUUUUGGGUGUUGGUCGAUUCGAAAGAGACCAAAGUCACGUGGCUGCAAGAGCUCCUCUCGGCCAUCACAGGCAUUCCGUUCUCGCCCAAAUCUGCCCACGAGAUCCUGUUUCCGACGGGAGGCGAAGGCCGCCUGUCGUCCAAACAGAUGAGAGCUAUUGUGUUGGGUCUGUACGCGUUGUUAUUUGGAGACGACUUGGAGUUUAAUGACCCGAGUCGAUCGCCGCCGCUCCUCACUGGCGAUGCCCUCUGCCAGUACGUGCAUCCCAACGUCGUCCUGAGCUCCAACCUGCCGUCGACUGUGCCGUACUGGGGCGAAUACCACGGCUUCCAAGGCUUUCUCCAGUUUUGCAAAGUCCGAGAAGAAACGGUGGAGCGACUCAAGGGCCGCGUGCUGCGCGUCGUGGCAGACGAGGACGAAAGCACCGUCGUCGUCAUGACGGCCGUCACCCUCCGUAUAGUCCACAACAGUGAAGUUGUGCUGGAGGAGUCGUGUGACAUUGUGGAGCUGACCGACGGCAAGAUUUCGACGAUCCACCUCAACUUUGACUCGGCCCAGCUCUCGACGUCGUUUCAGCAUCCUGGCCUGGACGCGUCAUAAGCGACCGUCUGCAGCUCUGGCAGAGUUAGUCGUUCGAUAGUGCACAAAGAUGAAAAAGCUAAAGCUCAAUGCUACGUCGAUCCCUUUGGCGACACGCGUAUGCGAAGGUCCGUGUGGUUGGCGUCGUACGGCCGGGUGUGCACGUGCACGGCGCGAGUCAUCUGAUGCCGCAACAGAGGCACAACCAGUGUGAGGAAUCCGUCGCGGACUUCGUUGGGCAGGCGCGGAAGCUCGAUGGCGAGAGGCAACGUCGGAGAUGGAGCAUUGCCUCUUCCGUCGAACGGUCCAUCUGAUUCGGUAUCAUCGAGACUGCUCAUGUGCACAAGCCACGUCAUGAGCGACUUGAUUUUCGACGGAUUCUGGGUCCAUUGCCCGACCAAGUAGAGCACUUCCUUCGAGUCGAUGGGAAAGUGGGGCUUUGGGUACCUUGCCGUGUCUUCGACCCAUUCGUUGGGAGACCUCUUCUGGGGCUCGACCGACGGUGGUUCGGGCGCUGCUUGGCACUGCAACUCAGCGAGUGCAUUUCGCAGUGUCUGGAGCUGGCUCACUAACUCUUGAUUUUCUCCUUCCUUCUCGUAAACUUGGCGAUACAGCCGGGAAAUCUCAUCCUUCUGCGUCAAAACCUGUGCUGACAACGUCUUGAGUUUGUCAUGCGCGGCUGUCACCUCCCUCUCGAGGUUGGCGACUUCGUUGUUGUUUGCUUCGGCGAACGUGACGUUCUCUGUCGAGUGGAGUUGAUGGUGCAGUCGCUCCGCCCACCUCUGCAACUCCCUCUUCUCCGCUUGCAGGUGCACGAUCAGCUCGUCCCUUGCCAGGAGCUCUCUCGACAAGUCCGCGACGCGUUCCUCCAUCGCACCCACGACGCCAUCUUGCACUGUGGCCAUGUUGGAAUCUUCGCUCCCAGUUCCUUAUCCAGACACAUCCGGAUAAUCGUUCCUCAUCGCACACGCCAUGCCAAGCUACUCGAGGCUCCCGCUUGCUCCGCUUGCGCCAGGCGGAGCAGCUCGUGCGAAGACACAGACGCCUGCUUCCCAUCACCGCACGCACCCACGGCUGUUGGAACCAUUCAGCGCGGGCACCUGUUGCCGGUCCCACCCUGUAUGCGUACGGACGCGUCAUGCUGGGCCUCCACCCCAUGGUGGCAGCGGGCACAGGAUCGCGCGGCUCUCCCUGGCAGCUAUGCGGGCUAUCCUCUCUUUUCGUCAGGCCAGUAAGGUCGAACACGUCCAGCUCGAAGUAUCAUGGGCCGAGCCGCGAAGGUCGCUGCCCGUGGCAAGAAAGUACCGCUGGCAGCACAGCACGAUCAGAUUGAUGGCAGAUAACACGGGUUGAAGUAGCAAGGUGUCGGGCCGUUGGAAUAUCUUGGAAUUUGUAUGGGUCACGAUUCCCCGGCGAGUUGAUUGUAUUCACUUGGUAUUUGUGUGAAAACUUAUAAAAAUG